AUGUCUUAUGUGUCUGUUGCGUUUUAUGCUAUUUACAGGUCUUCAGUUUUAUCCGACUAUGCAAAUAAAACAAAAAUACGUUUUGGUAUAAAUAGAUCAUUGGAAUCAGAUUGUCGUACUCGCUGGAAUUCUACACAUCGUAUGCUUGAGACAUUUUUGUUAUUUAAAAAUGUCAUUAGUUCAUUUCAUAAAGAAAAAAGUUCUUUAAAGUUGAGAUCAGAGCAGCGUACAAAAUUAAGUUCAUUGGAACUGGACACUGAUGCCUGGUCCGUUUUGGAAGCAAUAGAAAUUGUUUUGAGACCGUUCAACUUAGCAACAGAUUUCAUAUCCGGCCGACAAUAUCCGACAAUUGGAGCAUCAUAUCAUGCAAUUCAUCAAAUUAAGGAGUUUCUGGAAGAUGCUAGUGAACAAGAUACACUUGUUUAUCAAAUGAAAAUUUUAUUAUUGCACCAAUUAGAACAUUAUUUCUUUGAAGAUCAACAACAAUUGGAAUUAAUCCAAGUAAGACCUUACCAGUUUUCUGUUUGGAACGUGCACGAUUGAUUUUUGGAAUUGGUUUAGAUGGUGGUAACAAUAUACAGAGUUAAGUAGAAUCAUACUGCAAAAUAUAUAUUCGAAAAAAAUUUUUAUGCAUCUAUCCAGUUGUGCACAGAAAACUUAUGUUUUUUUGGCUUUUUUCGCUAUUUUCAAACACAUUGAGUAGUACAUACCAUUUUUCUUUUGUGCUGACACUUCGCCUUUCAUAUUUCUAACUCUGAAUACGUUCUUUUUUCAGUUUUGAAUCAACCAAAUGUCAUGUAUAGAGUGCAGAUUUCUGAGCAACUUUUCCUGCUCAGAACUGCUUUCUUGAAGUCACUAUCAAAAUCUCAAAUCUUCAAAUUUUCCCCUGUGAAAACCGUACUGAAAACCGCAGUUGUCUGUUGCCUUCGUAUACAAAGUUAUGACGAAAAGAAAUCACUGCUUUGUAUUUGUAAGCCUGCAAUAAAAGGAGGCAAACUUCUUUCUGGAUUUUCUCGUCUAAACGAGGUCUGGUAGUCGGGAAAUUUUUAUCACACACACAGAAAAUGACCGGGAACAAGAUUACCGUCUCAGACUUUUGAUACGAGCACUUUCAUUUUUUUUUUGCUAAUUGUACAGCUAAAUUGCAAUUCACUCAUGUAUUAUCAUAACUCGUAGUUUCCUUUGCACAAUUUAGUGCAAUGGGACAAUGCGUAGUUGGAGAAGUACAGCGUAUGAAAGGUCGGAAGAUCGAAUCUAGACAACGUAUGUAUAAAUCUACCAUAUGUCAACAAUAUGGACAGUAAUUGUGUAUCAACUAAUUCCAAUUGUAUUCUGCUUAGAGUUAAAAACCGAAUUCUUAAAAAAUGAAUUUUAUUACUGUUAGGAAAUAUGUGCUGCAAAUACUCUAACACAGAUCGAUUUAAUUUAAAUACAGACCCAAUGUAUAUACAUAACCAAGUUACAUUUUUAUAUCUCCAGAAUGGAAUCGAUGUUUGAAACUCUGAGGAAGAAGAAGCACAGACAUUUAAUAGAAUAGUAUCGACCGAAUCAUACAUUUGUUAUUGAAUGAUUUAAUUUGUCUAUUUCUGUUUAAUGACAAAUGCCACUCAUUCCUCUCGUAGAAUAAAUAAAUAAUUAUUCAAAAUCAUAAUCGUAGCGAUAAGCAAAGUAGAUAUGUCGAUCUAAUCAAAACUGUCCAUGUUGAAAUAUGGCCAAUUCAUGCUGUUCAAUGUGAACAAUAACUUUCAUAUCUAGUCAAUGAGUGAAAAUAGAAUUAUGUACGUAUAUGCUUACUUAAUAUUACCAUUAAUAGUCCUGAUAAACUGUUAUCGACAAAAAGUUUAGAUUCGCGAGGGUCCGCGAGUGCAUCCGGAAAACUCGUAAAGAGCAGUUAUCUAAGAAAAUCAGACGUAACCGUCUAAUGCGUAUUAACGUUGAAAAUUAAACACAGUUUUGAAAGUUACUCAAUUACAAACUUUAAAAUUUGAAAUUUUGUAAUUUUUUGUAAUUUUUUUUUCUGGGCAUUCUAAUCAAACACUGAGAUAUUUUGUCGAUCAGCAGCAUAUAACUACGAUUCUGCCGGUGCACGAAAGCAUUCCGGCUAAAAGCUUUUCAACUUUUUCCAAAAUACUUAGUUUUCAUUGGUAAUGGAAACAAUGCUUUGUUCAACUAAAAUAACUUUUUUGGGCGUAUAAAACAUCAGAAACGAUAAGAGUAAAUACCUACGUAUUCUAACAAGGCUGUUAACAAAUCUGAUGGUUUUCUGGGAAAACUUCCCGAAAACCAGAAAAAUGGGAGGGAGUAUUAGCAGACAACAUAAGAGUCACUCUGUUCAAAAUGGAGCAUCUCCCAGAGAUUUUUAAUGUCUCGUUUACAAGAUAUGAUGUUAAUGUUGUAGUUUUUCAAUGAGUUGUAGCUAAUGAGAUAUCAUCCGUAAACCACAUUUUGCGUUUUGGAGUCAGCCAUGUUUUGAAGCUGUUAUUUGGAGCGAAAAGGAAACAACGAAAAUAUUUUGUAUUUUGUAUGAUAAAACGAAAGAUCAAGCUUUUUACUUAAUGCUAUCUAAUUAACUUGGCUAGACAGUGAAAAAAACCGUGUAGAAGAACCAUGAAGUAAAAAACUACAUUAUGAAAACCGUAAAAUGCAAAAGUAUAAAAGAAAAAAUAUGGAAGUAAAAUCAUAAAGGUUAAAACCAUAGAAACAAAACCGUCCACUUUCCAACCGUCGAAGAAAAACCGUAAAAUAAAACCGUCCGUUUAAGAACUGUACAAUUAAAACCAUGAAAAAUUAUCGUAAAGGUCAAAACUGUACAAAUAAAAUCAUGAACUAACAGUUUGUCAAAGGAAAACAAUAAAAAUAGAAGCGUGGAGAGGCAAACCGUGAAAGCGUUUUCAUGCGUUUUAGUUUACGGUUUUGUCGAAGCUUCAAAAUUCAUUAAAAUGUGUGCAGAAGAAAAUGUUCGAAAACGAAAACGGUAUCCUCCGAAACAGAAAAAGUACUGUCCGAAACCGUUUUGGAACUUAAAUGCUCUUCGAAAACUGGAAAGGUGUCCGAAUAUAUCCUUUUUAGUUUUCAAGAAUACCCUCGUCAUUUUGUGCAUCGAACUAACUUUCGUAAUCCUGCUUCCUGGCCACAAAAUUAGUGUCAAGUUGUGGAGAGUGAGCUAAACCUAUAUGUAAUCUACAGGAAGUAAUUAAGAAUAAUUUAACUCUAGUAAACUAAGUCAAAGUUAAUUUUAUCAAAAAUUUCCAUGUAUUUUAUUUGAGUUAAUCUGAAGAAAGCAAAGGAUCUUAUUUCCAUUGACUAAGAGCUGCGGAACGAGGACAGGUAGAAGGAGUAGAAUCUUUUCUAGAACAGUCGCAAUUCAGUUUUCAAAACUAUUUUAGACUACUACAACCACUAAUAAGUUUGAAAGAGUGAUCUUAUUACCCAAGUUGUGCUUAGGCAUGCACCGGUUAAAAACGGAUAUUUUUAGCGUUUUUCGCAAAUCGAUUAUAAAGAGUAUGGCAUAUUAAAUUUUUCUCACAUCUGAGUUGUGUAGAGCAAAUAUGAACUAUGUUUGCUGACUGAGUUGUGACUGAGAAAACUGAGUUGUAAGAAAAAGUUAAUAUGCCAUCGCACAAUUUAGUUUGUGCCAAAAGGCGACAAAAAACCAGUUUUUAACCGGUGCAUGCCUACUCGUGCUAUGCAUUAUCGAAUGUUUUGUUUAGUAGUAAGAUGCGGGUAAGGCAAAGAUCGAACAGAAUUUAGUUUUCUAUGUUUUACACACCAUUCGAUAGAGAAUCGCACGCUGAUCACGAAUAUGUGUUCCCGAUCUCUCAAAACCGUUUCCUCGCUG